AUUAUAAAGCCAGGUGAGAAAGAAUUAUUCAAGAAUGGAUUAAUUAUCACUUCUGUACGUUUAUUAAUUCAUCGAAAUACUACUAAAUUAUUGAUCAACAAUAAUCACAACAAACAAAACAAUUUAAGAAAUUCAAUUAAAACUACGAGAGUAUUAAGUCUACGAUUGACAACUGUACCUAUUGAAAUAUUCAAUAAAAUGAAUUGUAUCAAUGCUACAUGGAUUGAAUCAUGGCCACCUAAUAAUACAAAUCAACUUUGUCCUAACAUACCUUUAUUAUUAACAAAUUAUGAUGAAUUAACAAAAAUUUAUAUUUUAAUUGAUUAUAAUUUGUAA